GCAGAAUAUGCGCAUGCGAUGCUGUGCUGAAAAGGGGGCCUCAUCCCACCUGUUUCCAUUUGUUCAGCUUCUUCAACACAUUUCAUUCUUCUACACCAUCAUUAUCCUCACCUCCAUCAUUAUCUUUGACCCCAUUACUAUCUGUCAAACCUGCUGAGCAGAGCGACAGCCUUUCCUUCUUCACCAUGAGUCAGUACAAAGAGAUCAAAAUUAUCAUGUCCUCUAAGCCAUGCACCACAAACAGCACCACCACCACCACCAAGAACAACAGAAAGAUUUCUUGUCAUGACUGUCUCUUCGGCCCUCUGAGGUCAUGGGCAAAGACGAAAUUUGGAAAGAAGCCUACAUAUGUUGAGCUGCAUGACGACUUUGAGCCUUUGCUUGAUGAGAAGAGAGCACCUAGGCCUGCCUAUGAAGUAUCCAAGAUGAUGCGCAUUGCUACACCACGAACGAUUAAACGAUACAACCAUCUGCCUUGAGGGUAAACACACGAACAAAAAUAACCGGUCAUGAUUCAGCCAAUUCUUCGGUUUGGUCGUCCAGAAGCACAUACGAUACGGAGACACAAAACUAUAUAUGAGAAACGAGAGGCACUUUUAUGAAUUACAAGAUCUUACGGGAGUACUGCAGGUCGGUUUAUUGCUAUGAGUUAUUGGGACUUUUGCUGUAAAUGAAUGAUGGUUAUGGAAUACAUAAAAAGGAGUUCGACGAAUUUGCAUGGCUUUGGUCUAUAUUUAGGUUCAUUUGAAUACAUGAAUAUAAUUUCUACAACAUUGCUCCCGAUGUUAUAACUCAACCCAUAGGCCAGUCCAUGAGAAUAGAUUGGGGUCCAGCA